AUGUCGCCAUACUCAGCUCUGACCCAGAUAGACUGGAUAUCCGACGAAUCGAGGGCUUUGACAGAGCCAAAGUGGGAAUGCGUCACUUGCAGGUUGCAGCCGACAUUGUCUCUGAUGGCCUUUGCAGCAUCAAAGCUGCUAUUCAGGGCCUAUCCCUGUCUAGCGUCGGACAAGGAAUCAGCGGGAAGUCAGGGAUGGUUAGGUUGUUCCGAAUAUGAAGCCAAGAACUUCAAGAAACUUCAAGGCCAACAAUCCACUGACCAAGGAACCCCCGAAGAAAAGGAUCAGGGGAAAGAUAGAGUGAUGACGAAAUCAUAUACGAUAGAGAGGCUGAAUAUUGUGGAAAUAAGAGCAUAA